AUGACCUCUCGUACCCCGUCUCCCCACUUCGAAUCUCUCGAGUGUCUCAUCGCUCAUCUCUCAGACGACCCAGAGCGCGAGCCUAUCGCAGCGGAGCUAGGUGUGCUCCAGUCAAUAUACGGUGAUGAUGCUGUUAGGCUCUGGCGUCCUCGGUCGCCGGGCUCACAGAGCUCGGGCACCUACGAUCAUCCCGUGAAUGGAAGUGAGAAGGGAACGAUCAGGUAUGAAGUGACCGUCAGCAUCUCUCCGGUGUCUGAUCCUUCUGCAAGCUACCCACUCACGCUCUUGAUCUCUCUUCCCCCUACAUACCCCACAUCGUCACCACCACAACUGCAGCUGCUCUCGCGUUAUGUUGGCCCCUUUGGUGUUGACUCUGUCCUCUUCGGUGCUGUGCUGCGAACAUAUAUCUCGCGUGACGGAGUAGAAUGGAUCGAAGGAGGCGUGUGUGUUUUUGAUGGGGUGGAAUGGACGAGGGAGCGCUGCGUGGAGUGGGUCGGCGAGAGGAUGAGCGUAGUCAGAGUCGGAGAGUUGGUACGUGAGGACGAAAAGCCGGCGCAGGAGCAGAGUGACGAGCAGGGGGGACGAGUGGAGGAGCGCCGCCAAGAUGUACCUCAGGAGGAGGUCGAGAUGCCUGAGGGGACCGAGUUCACGGUAGCUGAACCAAUUGUGGACCGGAAAAGCGUCUUCAUCGGGCGCGCAUGUCAAAUCACGGACCCAUCGCAGGUUCCAGUGAUAUUGGCGCAUCUCAUGUCUGACCGCAGGAUAGCGCGUGCAGCACAUCCAAUAAUCAAUGCAUGGCGGUGUCGAGUGGGAAGCAAUCUGCAUCAAGACAAUGAUGAUGACGGCGAGACCGCCGCCGGGGGACGUCUAGCGCACUUGCUACAGAUUCUUGAGGUCGAGAAUGUCCUUGUGGUUGUGACGCGAUAUUACGGAGGAAUCCACCUAGGGCCAGACAGGUUUAAACACAUCAAUCAGGCGGCGAGGAAUGCAUUGGAUCUUGGGGGAUUCCUUGAUGCGCCA